AUGGUGAAUCAGUUCAUGCAAGAAAUGGAGACCAAGUUUGAAAUGUCAGAUUUGGGUGAAAUAAGUUACUUUCUGGGAAUGGAGAUUCAUCAAGCUACUGUUGGAAUAUUUAUUUCUCAGAGAAAAUAUGCAUGGGAUAUUCUUAAAAGGUUCAAAAUGGAGAGGUGCAAGUCUGUACCGACCCCACUGGUUCACAAUGAAAAGAUUUUGAAGUUUGAAGGAGGUGAUAGGGUUGAUCCAACAGUUUAUAGAAGCCUGAUUGGUAGUUUGUUGUAUUUGACAACAACAAGACCCGAUCUCAUGUUCGCCGCAAGUUUACUGUCGAGGUUUAUGCAAGCUCCAAGUCAAGUUCAUCUUGGUGUUGCUAAACGAACGUUGAGAUAUAUCAAAGGAACUGCUGAUUAUGGUAUUUGGUUUAAAAAGGAAGAGCAAGGGCAACUGAUGGGCUAUUCAGAUAGUGAUUGGGUAGGAAGCGUUGAUGAUAUGAAAAGCACUUCUGGAUAUGCUUUUACACUUGGUUCAGGCAUGUUGUCAUGGAAUUCAAAGAAGCAAGAGGUGGUAGCUCAAUCUUCCGCAGAAGCAGAAUACAUCGCCGAUGUUGGUGCAACUAAUCAGGCUCUAUGGUUAAGAAAGAUUCUACAUGAUCUCGAGCAAAAUGACAUUGAAGCUAUUGUCAUUAAGGUUGACAACAAGUCAGCAAUAUCUAUGGACCAAAAAUCCAGUGCAACAUGGUCGUAG